GAGCGGCGGGUGUGUGUGUGCGUGUCGUCGGAGGCAAUGUGAAUCGCAUUUCGUUCAGUUAACAGUCGUCAGCUCUGCACGGGUACAUGCACGGGUGAUUUGCACUUGGUGCGACGUAGGAAUGACCACAGCGACGGACACCUACCACAUGUGACGUGCGCUGCUGUGAAGCGCACACUUGAAGACUUGCAAGACAGGGCCAUUCAAACGCGAGAGACACCGUUUCAAGUCAUCGCUACAGUAGCACGUGAAUCCUCUCAGAAUGCGCCGCUAUCCAGCCAGAGGUACAGCACCAUGCACUGGCGACCAAUUCAGACCGCCCUCAUGGUGCGAAAUACUCAAGCGCCCUACCGGUCUAUCGGAUGAUCUCUUGCUCGACUCACUGUUGGACCCCAGAAGCGGUUUCAAGAGCUUCCUCUCCACUUGCAAUCGCGACUCCGAAGCCAUUCGUACCGCCGUCAUACUCCUGGAAAAAGCUUCUUCAAUACCUUUGCCUUCACAGAAACUGAUGAAGCUCUUCAGCGCCGUAGCAUUUUCUGAGUCAUUCAUGGUUUUCCAACUACCCUUGCUGUUUUCAGACUGCAAGGCUAAAGCAGGCCGGGAUAACGUAGAUGUUAUUCAGAAGUCGAUCUCUCUGCUGACUCGACUUCAAGCCUCACUUCCAGCAACGACAGCGCAGCAUCUGGUAACACUUUUGCCAUUAGUAACAGACCUCGUGAGAUCCACGGAAGAAGCGUUGCCCAAGGAACUCGGAGAUACACUUUCCGAGCUGGAAGCUAUGAGGGAUUCCUUCCUGACAGAAACACACGCAAGGGAGAUGGUAAAGCAGGAGCGAUUGCACGCAUCGUCGCCACCGGACAACUUCAGAGAUGUUCCCGUGAUACCGUUAGUGUCUGAAUUGGUCGCCUCCACGAAGCCAUUCUUGAGGCCGAACAUCGUCCGUGGAGCUUACGCUGACAUCGACCAUUACUUAGAUGUCCAGUACAGACUUUUGCGGGAGGACUUCGUGAGGCCCUUGCGUGAGGGGCUGCAGAAGCUCGUUCGGGCAGGCAUGCAGAUCAGGCGUACGGAUGGCAUGAAUGUUUACCAUAACGUCCAGGUAGGGCAGUCCGAGAUCACAAGGAUUGGUAUUGUUCACGAACUCUUGUUCAACGCCUCUGCUUUUCGAAGGGUCAACUGGGAAAGGACAAAACGGUUCAUGACCGACAACUUGAUUUGCUUGUCGAACGAUGGCUUCCAGACUAUCUUCUUCGCCACAGUGAAGAGGAGAGAUCCCGAGAAGUUAAAAGUAGGAAGACUCAUUGUGAUGUUCGAGGAUCCCUUCGUUGAGACUAUUAUCUGGAACCGCUACACCAUGGUGGAAACACAAAUUUACUUUGAAGCGUACAAGCACAACCUUGUGGCGUUGCAGGCUAUUUCUCCAUACGCGUUGCCAUUCUACAAGUACAUCGUAGAAGCAACUCCCGAAGUAAAUAGUCCAGCGUACAUGGAUGGGAAUACGACGUACGACAUAAGUCCCCUGUGUAAGAAAUCAUCCCAGCCGAGGCCUGUAACCGUUUUGGACGAGAAUCAAUGGCCAUCUCUCGAAGACCUUCAGCUUGAUGCAUCUCAGCUGGCUGCUGUGAAGAUGGCUCUGCUCAAGGAAUUUUCGGUAAUCCAGGGCCCACCAGGCACUGGGAAGACUUACAUCGGUCUGAAAAUUGUGGAGGUGCUUCUAAGGAACAUCAAGUUGUGGCGAAGAGACAGUCAUCCCAUUCUCGUUGUCUGCUACACUAACCAUGCUCUAGACCAGUUCCUGGAAGGAAUUCUGAGAACAACUCGUGCCAUUGUACGCAUUGGUGGGAGAUGUAGCAGCAAAUCAUUGGAGCCAUUUACACUGUCUAGUAACAGGAUGGCCGCGGCGUGGCUUGACGAUGAGAGUGAAGAGAAAUGCAGAGAAUUGCAGGAAAAGCUCCAAGUAUUAUCAACAAGGAUGUCCGGAAUAUAUGCAGUAAGCUGCGAUUAUUUUGAUCUCGAGGAACACAUGUCGCAACGUGUGCAGGACAGUUUUAGUCGGUAUUAUUCCGUUGUGGCAAAGGGAUUUGGAACCUGGCUUGAACUCAGUGCCUUAAAAAGGGAUUUCAUUGAGGAAUUGGAACAUAGGACACAGAAUGAGAAACCGCAAGAUGAACUUCGAGAUGACAAGAUUGAAGAAGAAGAGUUAGAUGAGGAUCUUGAAAUGGAUCGGUACGAUGACGAUGAACUCUAUCGUAGAAUCGGAGGUCCUGCGGCAGCUGGAGCCUCUGCCGCGUUGAGCCCUAAUGGAGCAAACAGUGCAGAGAUAGAAAAGGAGCAUGCAUGGUGCCUUCAUUUGUACCAGCUAGUUUCGAAUGGCGACAGGGCUGAGAAUGACUUUCAAGUGACUGAUGUGUGGAACCUCCAUGUCCAAGAACGUUGGAAGCUUUACCGGUACUGGGCGUCAGCGGCUAUAGGUGCCAUGCAGGAAGUUGUAGCUGAGGCCAGGGCUGGUGUAGCAGAAAUAAAAGAAAUUUUGGUGCAGGAGCAGUUACAUGAAGAGCUCUCUGUUUUUGCAAAGGCUCAUGUCGUUGGAGCUACCACGACGGGAGCAGCAAAAAAUCGUGCUUUGAUUCAGCGGUUGCAGCCAACAGUAGUCAUUGUGGAAGAGGCGGCAGAAGUGUUGGAAGCGCACGUGGUCACAAGUUUAGCCUCGACUACGCAGCACCUGAUCCUGAUCGGUGACCACAAACAACUAAGACCCUCGAGCGCUGUGUAUGAGCUUGCAACACGGUAUAAGAUGGAGGUCUCACUCUUCGAGAGGAUGCUAACAAAUGGCAUGGCUUGUCAACAGCUCGAGGUUCAGCACAGGAUGCGACCGGAAUUUACGAGGUUGCUUGUUCCACACUUUUACGAGACGCUAGAAAACUUCCCGAGUGUUGAACGCUACCAGAACAUCAGAGGCAUGGACAACAAUAUAUUCUUCGUGACUCACAAAAUCUUCGAGGCCGACGAGGCCGACACAAAGAGUCACACUAACGUUCACGAAGCCGGAUUUGUAGUGUGUCUAGCCGAGUACCUUCUGAACCAGGAAUACGAUUCGGCUCAAAUUACGAUCCUUACACCAUACAGCAGUCAAAUGUUUCUCCUGAAAGACUUGGCCAAAAACAGGGCUUGUCGCGGUAUUCGCAUAACAGUGGUGGAUAAUUUCCAGGGUGAAGAGAACGACAUCAUCAUCCUUUCCCUUGUUCGUUCCAACCCAGAAAAAAAAGUCGGUUUCAUGAAGAUACCAAACAGGGUUUGCGUUGCCCUGUCGAGGGCAAGGAAAGGACUGUACUGCGUAGGAAACUUCGACAUCAUCGGUCAGUCUAGCGAAAUAUGGGAGAACAUUAUGAAAGAACUGCAAAGUCUACAUGCGACUGGACCCGAGCUACGACUGCGCUGCCCGAACCACCCGGAGACUGUUACCGCUGUGAAAACAGCAGACGACUUUGCGAAGGUUCCAGGAGGUGGUUGCGGCAUACCAUGUACGGCUCGCUUGGACUGCGGCCACACGUGCGGCUUGCUCUGCCACGGAUACGACACAUUCCACGAGGCGAUCACGUGUGAAAAGAGGUGCGAGAGGAAGUGCCACAACGGCCACGACUGCAGAUUGCUCUGUUGGGAGAAUUGCGAGGAUUGUACCAUACCAGUCCUUACGCAGUUCCAACCCUGUGGCCAUUCAUGCGAAAUUGCUUGCUGCGAAACCCGUGCACAACUUUGUCCGUUGCCGUGCGACAAGAUAUUAAAAUGUGGUCACAAAUGUCCCGCGGCAUGCAGCAUGUUGUGUGAUAAUAUGUGUACAGUUGUCGUAACCGUAAAGGGUGAUUGUGGCCAUGACAUCCACCUCCAGUGUUGGUACUUGAGGAGGGGCAGCGUGAGCGCCAGGUGCGAGGCACCCUGUGAAAAGACGCUGUCGUGCGGUCAUCGUUGCUUGCAAGAAUGCGCAGAACGUUGUCGCUGCACUACGAGAGUAAUGGCCACAAAAACAUGUGGACAUAAAACUGAAAUCGAUUGCACCCUAUUGAAAAGCUCUACUACUACUGCCUUAGCUCUGAACAGCUUCCGCUGCAAUGAUCCUUGUGAAAAAACGCUUCAAUGUGGGCAUCGCUGUCCCCGAAAAUGUUUUGAAUGGUGUUGGGCUGAUUUGUGUGAAGUACCGGUAACUGCAAAGUGUGAAGGAGGCCAUUCAAACGAAGUUCCGUGCUUCAUGUCAGAAAGCUAUAAUUGCUUGAAGGAAUGUACCAAGACGCUAGACUGUGGUCACCAGUGCACACUUCCGUGCGGAGAACUCUGCAGUGCCACACCAUGCAAAGUAAAUACAUUUGCAGAUCUGCAAUGCGGUCAUCAAGUGUCCGUUCCUUGCCACGUGAGAUUCGGACUUGAAUAUUUGAAGGAGAAACCAGGUGAUCUCGAAGCAUUCUACGUGGAACACAAAAAUGUACUUACAUGCAACCAACAAGUACAGGCGACUUGCGCAGCAGGACAUAAGAUAAAGGUACCUUGCUCUUCAGUGGACGGCAGCAAAGUGGUACCCAGAUCCCGCUGUCACGCUCCUUGCAACGUUACUCUUGCUUGUGGCCAUCCCUGUGCAUCUGCUUGCUCCAAAUGUGCUGAGGUAAAGGAUCAUCCGCCAUGUACCAAGCGCUGCGAGAAGAGGCUGCCAUGCGGACAUACCUGCACUGACACGUGCACACGGCCUUGUGCAAUAUGCAACGAGAGCUGCUUGUUGAUUUGCGUGCACAGACCAUGCAGCCUUCCUUGCGGCUAUCCCUGCCUCCCGUGUUGUCUGCCUUGUCGGUGGAAGUGCGAGCACGCCCAAUGCACCGCUACGUGCUCGGAGCCAUGCAACAGAGAGCCGUGCAGCGAACCCUGUCCGAAGAAGCUUCCGUGUAAACACCCUUGCUUAGGAUACUGCGGUGAGCCAUGUCCGAACGUGUGCAGAACCUGCAGAUGGUAUAAGUACAUCAAGGGUGAUGUUCGCUUCGUUCUUCUGCUUGACUGUGGUCAUUCAGUGCCAGACAACGUCCUGUCGAAGCUCUUCGAAGAAGCCAGGAGGCACCAAACAGGUCCAGUGAAGUGUCCGGUCUGCAAACGCAAUAUCACAUUUAAUUUCAGAUACGGUACAUUCGUCCGGGAGUACAUGGAAACUAUCAACAAGGAGAAGAUGCUCAUCUACGACCGUGCCGCAAAGCCCGAUAUGGUCGCAAGCUCUCAGAAGGAAGAAGUUGACGGUGCUGCAGCUAGAUUGUUUCAACUGCGUCCGAACGCCAGAGUGAACAAUGGAGGAGGCAUGGACAGAAGAUUUCCGAUGACACCUGGACUCACGACGACUCCCUUGGGUUCAGGAUCUUGGCGACAAAACCAAAGGGACAUGUCGUACAGCAAUCGAGUACCAAGAGGAAACGGAGCGGAGUACAGUCGACAUAUGGACAGUGCGUAUGGACAACGAAGUUCUCGAGGUAGCGACCGUGGCCUGUGGAGAACAUGGAGGACCGGUGGUCAGCCUCCUAAUGCUCAGGCAUCGCGCUUUUCAGCGUUGGACCCUCAUGCCAGUGGUGCUACUCCUGCGGUACCCAGCGUAGAAGGUCAACAAAAUGGCGUUUCUGAAAGAGGUGGCUUCAGCGGAAGGUCACUUGGUCGGGGAAGAGGAGGUCGUGGCAGGGGGUCGCGUGGCAGUAGAAGGGGUUCAUAGAAAUUUCCUGCACAUCGCUGUGUUUAUAUGCGUAAAGUUUUCUUGAUGGACACUUGGCUUAGGGGACGCCGAGUACUGAAUAUGUACAGUUUAGAAUACAUAGAAAUAUAGAAACAGAAUAUGUUUCCUCCCAACG